AGGCUCACCUUCUCACCCUUCCUCCUUCCCUCCCUCCGCGGCAUCCAUUCAUUUCACUUUUUCACCGGGAGAGAGAUCGAAAGUGGUAUUUCAUAUUUCUUACAAAUUAGUGUUGGUUUUUCAGUGAAAAUUCCAUGCCUCUUUCGUUACUGCACUCAAAAUCUCGUCCGCAAUUUUUUAAUUUUAAAUCCCCUCUUGUAGCUCUUUGUUUUUCAUAAUGCAAUCAGUCAUGGACAGAGUCAGCGACGGAGAUAGGGCGAUUUAUCAGUCGAUGAUGCAUCAACACAUGGCUGCUCAGCAGGUUGCUGCCAUGCACCAGCACAAAAUUAAAUUGGACAACCCGUAUGUUCCUCCAAUCAAAGUGCCGCAGAUUCCAAUUUCACAAAACGGCAUGGAGAAUUCAUAUGCCAAAAAUCCGGUCGAUCAAGGUUCAUACCAGCUUUUACCAGAUGAUGGUCUUGGUUUUGAUGAUGGUGUACGCAUGCUUCGAUCAAUAGGAACAUGGGGCACUGAUUUUACAAACCACCCCAAUCCAUCUUUUAUGGAUCAGAUGAAUGGUUUUAACAACAUUGAGGCAGAGCGUAAAGUGCCAGACAAUCAGAUGCCAAUCAUGAACAAUUCAGGACCACCGCCUAGCAAAUUGAAGACGAAGGGAGAGAACAACAAUAAGUCCUUCACUUGCACUGAAUGUGGGAAAGGCCUUGCAAGGAAAGAUAAACUCGUGAUUCAUAUGCGUAUUCACACGGGUGAGAAGCCGUAUGUCUGUGAAGUUUGCAAAAAAGCAUUUGCACGAAGGGACAAACUUGUCAUCCACAUGAACAAGCUGAAACAUAUAACGCCGAGCAACCUGGCUCCACUGGGAAAGCGACUAGCAAGUAUGAGCCCUGCGACAGCAGACAAAGCGGUCAACGUCACUGAGAAAAAAUUAGACGCCAUCUACAAUCCAACUACUCCUCAUCCACAACCCACCUCAACGCAAGUGACACAACCUUUGAGUUGGUGUUGCGAUGUUUGCGGGAAAGCACUAUCAUCGCGCGACGAGUGGGCUGUCCAUGUUUGUUCACAUCAAACUCAAAAAUUACCACCAGAAAAUCACUACUGUAUUGUUUGCCAUCAGUCAUAUGCUGAUCGUACGCAAUUUAUGUUCCAUCUCCGAGCACAUUUCAAACAGCGGGAGAUGACAGGUCUGUCCACCUAAUACACUUUUGACCAUUUUAACAUAAAUCAACCAUCAAGGAAAGGGAAACAUUGGUCAUCAAUCCUGAAAUUGGGAGUCAAGCUUCAUCUUUAAAACAUUAAUGUGUUGGCCUAAUGACAUAAUUUAUGGAGAAUUUUUGAAGAUGUUGAUAGUUCUCCAAUUUCCUAUGAUGUCAAAAUUAUUUUUACCUUCAAGACCAAUUUUUGUUACCAAGUUGCAUAUCAAUAGUGAAAUUUAACACACAAAAACGCUUGCACCCUGAGGAGAUGCAAAAGUUUUUUGUGUCAAAGGGCGUCCAUAAAUUAUGGAACUUCCAGGAGAAGGGCAAGGGCUCUGCUAUCGUUAUGCAAUGUGACAGGGUUUGAUAUGGUGUUUGUUAGAGCAUCCUUUUUUUCAUUUUUUCAUGCUUCAUUCACAGUAACCUUUAUCUAUUUGACCGAUUUAAAAUAUACGUAAUGUAACUUAAUACGCGUAGUGUAAGAACAAAUUUUAAAGAGAGUUUUUAACGCAGGAUAAAAAGGAACCCAGGGUUGAGUGGGUGUCCUAUAAUCCCAAGUAUAUUCCUAACUUCAUUAUUGAUUUUAAUGUUCAAUAAUUCUUUUACUUUGAAAAUGGUAAACAUUAACAAUUCAAUUGAGCUGAACGAAGUUGAACCUAUACUUUUUCACCUUUUGAAGGAUGUCUCCACAAAAUAUUUAAAAUUUUCUCAAGAUUUUUAAAAAUCUAACCAGAAAUUUCCCACUCCUUAGAUGAAAGCCUUUUCAUACCUACCCUAAUGAACAUUUUUUCGCCAAGAAUUCUUCAUCUCUCAUGUCAUUCAAAACAUAACCCUUCUGAAUGGUAAUCAUAUAUUUUAUGUAAUUUACUCUUUCAUAUGAAUUUCAUAUGAAUUUCAUAUCACUUGUUGAUCAUUGCAAAUUUUGCCGUAGUUGCUCAAACUUCAGGGAGUAGUUAUUAACACAACGUUUUUCCGCUUAUUUUCCAAGCUUUUUCCGCGCAAUGUGUUCUUCAGAAGAUGAGGAAUCGUAAUUACUUGGAAUAGAUUUUUUUCUGUCCGGAAUCCUAGUUGCUCGAUGGAUUCACGUGACCCCAUGAUUUUUUUUGAUAGUGGGUUUUUUUUAUCUCUAUUGAGUUUCCAUGUCCGAAGGUCUACAAGUAGAAGUCAUAUCACUCAUUUUAUUGAUUUAAUUUUAAUUAAAACUUAAUUAGUCACUAUGAUUUUUCAGAGCUACGGACAAUUAUUCAGCUAUCCGCAACUCCUAACAGUAUGAAUGAGCGAGCAUCUAAUCUAGCCUUAAAUCUAAUUAAAGGCAAUAUCUACUGAUAAAUUGAUCUCAGGUGUAACCUUUUUUUCUGAAGGUUAAGUUUCUCCAAAAUUUGUUUCCUAUUGCAGAUUCUGAGACUGAUUUUUAAUCAAAUUCUUAAGGAAUGUUAAAGAAGACUGUAUUUACUAAUCUAAGCCAACAGAAAUUCUUGUACUGUGUGGUAAUCAAGAGACGUGUAUUUGUGUGUCCAUAUCUUUACCUCACAUACCCAACAGCGCUGACUGUGAAUCAAAGAAAAUAUAAAGGGCGCAUCACCAAAUUUUUUAUUAUCUUCUAACUAGCUUCUCUACAAGUAAGAUUUUCUGCCCUGGAGUUUCAUUGUUGUGUAACAACAGUUCAAUGUAUUGUAGCAAUUUGAUGCAAAAUCUUGAAAAUUUAAGCCAGACAGCUUGAAGGGUAAAGUAACAACCCUUUGGCUCUCAAUAAAAUUUUAAAAAAAAUAUUCACAAGAUCUAUCCACAAAGAUAGUAUUCUAUUUGAUCUAACAGUGCAAUACUCUUUUCCUAAUCAAAUCCUGCAUUUAUUUCUUUUUUUGACUUAUUUUAUUUUUGUGUCAAUGUUUCUCCAAACUUAUGAACAGGGGCAAUGUUUUUUAUUUUUUUUUUCAAAAUCAAAGUUAUCUCCAAAUUUUAUCAGAUCAAUGCUACAUAUUUUAUGCCAGUUUGACCACAAUCAGCACAAUCAUAUCUCAAGACAAAUCACAUUAAUGGUUCAAAACCCAACCUCACUAUUAUAGGUUGCGGUAAGUUAAUUGCUGUCUUCCAGUCAAAGUUUAAGAAAUAUAAACAUCUUGUAUACGUUCCAAAUAAUUUUUUAGGACACUAAAACAGGAAAAGAAUUAAGUUAUUUGCCUUAUCAUGCAUUUUUUAAUUUAUCAUUGAUGAGGCUUAAACUUUUUUACUUUUUUUCAUUACUUUUGAAAGGACUACACACACAAUACCAAGAAAUUCGACUCAGGUUCUUGGAGAUUUUUUUAUAUGACGCUCCCUAUGAUCUUUUGAAUAAAAUAAGCUUAUAAAAUCGAAAUUUCUCGAUGCCAGUUUUGAGAAUAUUGUUUCUGAAAAGAACGUUCUUCAGCACUUCCACAGGCGUAAUCAAGUUGGAAAAUGUAAGUGAAAUAGGAGUGGGCCUAGAAGUGCAUUUCGUGCUGGCCUGGGAGAUAAGACUCAGUUCAAAACCAGAGGCUUUGCAUCCUCAACUCAGCACAAGUGCCAUUUCUCACCAUGAUAGCAGGUGUUAAAUUGCCAAAAAGUGCACUUUUCAGAUUCAAUUUUCUUGAGAUUGGCACUUAGAAAGUUUGACAAACCUUAAGAGAUCGUAAGGAAUGUCAGAUAAAACACUUUUUAAACAUAGCAAGCACUGAAUUUCUUGAUAUUGUGCGUGUAGCUCUUAAAUACAAAUUGCAAUAUUUACUUUUCUUACUUUACUCUAAUUAAAAAUUUUCAUGUUUUAUUUUUCAAAAUGUAUUACAAUGGUUCAGGUUAUUGUUUAAACCAUUCAUUGAUUUUUACUCUUAUAACUUAGAAAACUUCUUUACAGUUGCAAAAAUCUCAGGUGAAUCAUCAGUAGCACAGAAAAAAAGUCUUAUUUUAGGACGAUAGUCAUUUUGAUGAAUAGAAAACACAUUCUCGUUUGUGUGUAUCAUCUACUCUGUAGGAGACUUUAGUUGUGAAUAAAGAUUCAAAUCGGUACAAUAUUUGUAUGCAGUAUCAUGUAGUACAAACUGUUACAAAUUCUUUUUAACUAUUUUUUUACACCAUUUCUAAUUUGUAGGUAGGGAAGUAUUCUCAGGAAAGUAACUCAAAAUUUUUGUACAUAGGUCAUUUUUCUCAUAUAUUUUUUAUUUCAGUGGCCCAUCUUUCCCUUCUGGUUAAUUUUUUAUUUAUUUCUUUAAAAUUCAUAACUUUGCCAAUGAUGUUCCCCCGUGUAGAAAUUUCUCCAGGCAGAGCUUGAUAGAAAGGUGCUUCAAUAAUUUUACACCCUUAGCAGAUCAGAAUGUAUUCAAUUUUGCAAACUUAUGUGUUUGUUGUGCAAUGUGUUUUAUUGUAACAAUAUGAAAAGUAUUAUGAGAAGUAGUGAAGAAUAAUUUUUUAAGUGAUUUUACAGAGUUGCAAUUCCUCAUCUGCAACUUCUUAAAAGAAAUUAUUCUUGAUAGCGGAAUGAAGCAUCCAUCCAACAUUUUUUAUUGUAGAUUUUAUGAUUUUAAAUGUUUGAAACUUUGACAGUUGACAAAUACCUUACUUUAAGUGUGAGAGGAAUAUUCAAUAUGGUAGUGGUUUCUCCGCCUUACCAUGUAAAUUGUGUAAGGGGAAAAAAUACACUGGUUUUUUUUCAUUUUCCUUUCUUCAUAAUUUUUUACAAUUACCUUUCACCAGAAUAUUAGUUUUAAAAUUAAACAAAAAUUACCAGACUGAUGAAUUAACAUUAUCAUUGCUCAUGUAGCCUGUUUUAUGUGCUAAUGUAUGCACGAAUGAGUCCUUAUGUAUAUGUAUGAUGUAAAAUUGUAUCCUGAGGAUGUAAAUAUUUAUUUCUGGGAAUAACUGUUCUCAUCGGAUCACUUAGCCGUAACUUUGAUAAGCAUCUAAUGGAAGAAGACUUAUCUUGCCAUCAAGAAUUCAAAAUGGAAAAUCUCCUUUCCUAAAAAUACUUGUUAUCUUAAAUGAAUCACACUAUAUCGAUUUUUCGUACAGUCAACUCUGCUUGAUUGGGACACUGGUUAAUUGGAACACAUGGUUGGCAUUUGCAUAGGUGAGAGGUUAAACACUAAGAAGUGGCCCGAAUUGUAUAUUUGUAUAGGAAAAGUAAGAAAGGAAGAAAAUAAGGCAAAAAAAAUUUCAUGGUGAAAAAAUUAGCGCAGACAUGGCUAGGGCUGAUCAAUGGAAAACAGAGACACUUUCUAGCAUUUUAGAGAGGCAUUGUGCUGCUUACAUUUACAAUGUUGAUGAAUUUGAAUCGUUGUAUAGAGCGACUUCAGAUGGCUCUCUUUGUCUCAAAUCUGAAAUUUUUGGUGGCGCAAAGAAGGCCAUGUACAGAAUUUCUGUGCUGACAUGUAUAAAUAUGGCUGGCGCCAACAGAGGAGAGUAUUUUUAUACUGAUGGUGCGGAGCUGGGACAAGACCAGUGUUGUUUUCUGUAAUUUUCUCCAAUUUGACCAUUUCCUCGCUUUUUGCGAUGUCUCCAGGAUAACUUACGUUUAACGGGACAUCUGCAUUGCCAGGAAGAAUGUUUUCCAACUAAGGGGUGUUGCCAGUACUUUUUUUAAUUUUUUUUUUCGCGGUAGAUUUUAAUAUUUUUCCAAAAGAUAAAAUUUUGAAAACUUGACUUGUAGCUUUGCUAAGUUAAGGUCUAUUUGCUCAUGGUUCAUCACUAGAAGAUUCUUAAAUAUUAUGUUGUAACACCAAUGUAAUCAUGAUUUAUUAGGCAUAAUACUAAAAUCUUUGGAGUAAUUAUGAUGAAGCUGUGAAACAACGUGUUCACUAAGUGUUCCGAUGAGUGAAAUAAAGUUUCGACUCUGGAUGUUCUUCCAGCAAUUUUUUAUGAAAUCAUUUUUAAAUCUUUUGUAUUAUAGUUUUAUGUAUCAAGUUAGUUAAUCUAUCCGUGAUAUCUGCAAUUGAAGACAGUGAAAAAGGAGGAAUCAUGAGAAUGUAUCAAUAGUUCAUAUUAAUUAUUUACCUUUAAAUAUUUUUUUGGGGGUAAUUUUUGUAAUUCUAUCUUUGUAAUUUUUUUCUUUGUCAUGCAGCUUUUAAAACAAUCGUUGCAAACAUUUUUUCUAGUCUAAGAGACUUCUAAAUUCUGACAACCCACAAUUUUUUUGUUCGGAAUUUUUGAGAUAAGAGUGAAAGUGUUUGGUUUGCUUAAAUCAUCUAAUAAGAUCAUUUUCACCCAAAUCUGCUCUUCCAGAAACAUUUCGAGUAAUUUUCAAGGAUCAAAGUCAAACGCUGUUCAUUUUUCUAAAGCCCUGAUUUAUUAUAAGAGACAAAUGAUCAUGCCUAUUCAUUUUAAUUAGUUCAUCAUGAAAUCAUAAGCGUUAUUAGUUUUUCAUAAACUUUAGUUCGAAGGCCACUUUGUUUUUUCAGAAAUCUACCUCUAGCCCGUUUCAAGGUCAUCUGGUGGAGAUUACGUAUCGCUAUUGCGGUGUCUCGAAAUUUCUGCUCCUAAUUUAUAUUUUCAAAGAGAAAGAAACCAACUCUAUAGCAUCAAAUUCAUACAGAAUAAUUAUGCUACCAGAGAAAUUUUUAAAAAAAGAAAGUCGAACAGUUUUCCAAAAAAAAAUGAAGACUGGAAUUUUGCAUUUCUACCAUCAAUAUACACCUACAAGAAGCCAAUCUCCGUUAGAUGCCUUGUACAGAUCUACUUCUUUUCCGAUAGUUUACCCAUUUGUCUCAAUGAUACUGUGACCAAACUCUUCAGCUCUUUUGACACAAGCAGUUUAGAUUGUUCUGAUGGUUCAGAGAGAGUUAUUGGCAUCCAAUUUGCCAUCAGUUUGCAAGAAGGGUUUCCUCUCAUUGCAUGAAAUCCACCAGCUGCAAUUUUAGAAUUUGGUUUAUUGCAGUUGCCCCUUGAAUCAACCAAAGGUAGAAGGUUUUCUCAUGGUUAGGGUGAAUUGAACAAAUCAGCAAUAGCUCUGAUUUCCAAUUGGUCGAGUAGUAGAAUCUCUAGCAGUAAUAUCAAUCACUCCGACUUGUGACCUCAAAAAACAUCUGCAGUUGUCAGUCUGAACAGUGUGUGUCAGGUCAGGAGUAAUUUACUCUAAAAUCACAAUUGAGUGCAAUAUUCCAGGAGGAUUUCUCUUGCUUUUUUUUGUUUUCCACCUUACUUACAUGUAUUUUUUUUUUUUUUAACCUCGUGGUUUGAACUGUUAUUUAUGCCCCCUUUAUCUGUAGUUGACUUUUUGUUCAUUUUUUAUUCAGAAGAGGUGCAUUCACUCCUCAGAGAGGUAAUUUUGUAUUUCAUUCAUAAAUAUUGUUCAUGUUUUGUUCUUUGUUCUUUUUUUAUUUUACUUUUCAUUAUCUAACUUCAUCCAUAAGAAAUGCAGGCAGUUAUUCCUAAGGAAAGCACUAUCCUACUCAACAUUUUACUCAAUCAAGAUUUCAACUUCCAGUUUCCAGUCUUGUUGGUUCAGUAGAAGCGCUAAAUAAUCCUCUCCGGUAAUUUCCUUUUUUUUUUCAACAACAAAAACCAAUUAUUGAAAAUGUUUAGUCCUAUAGAUUUACCAGUGAUAAGUUAGCAUUGAAGGACAGUAAAACAUCAGUGAAAAUGUGAACCUCUACUUUUAUUAUUAGCGCUGUUGAAACUAUUUUGCACUGAAAAAAACAUUUUUUCCUGUUAUAAAAUGCCUCCUUGUUUUUCUCGGCUUUAUAAGUGUACCCAGGUGUCACUGUUUUACCCAAUGCUAUUGCUAUUCUUGUCGCAGAACACAAAUGAAUGUAUUUUCCAAAAGUAAUAUUUACUGUACCGCAUUAGUAAAUUAUGGACUAAGUCAUUUUGUAAUGAACCCUCCCUUCUAUACACAUUGUAAGAAACAUACAAGGUUAGGUUGGCACCCGGUAGACUGUUUUUACUGGCUUUCGUCUAGUGUUUUACCACCACACCAGUUUACAAAUUUUCAACAAUUUUAAAAAGCCAUAGAUACAUUAGUCUCGAACAUGAAAAAGUCUUCAUUAAGUGAAGUAUUAAAAAUCAUAAAAUAGUCUAAAUUAACUGAAAUUGCCACUUGUCACUCGAGCCAUUCAUGCAGAGUUAAUUUAAACUAUUUUAUGAUGGAAGUUAAACGCAUUAAAAUAUGUUCUUUGUGCAACUGUUUCUUCCUGAAAAUUUCAGAACACUUUGACUAAGCCUUUUUAAGUUUUUAAACCUAUGCCAAAUGAGUGUCCAAUAUCCAUGGUACUAGAUACAAAACCCAACUGCAUUGGGUGUUAGAAUUUAAAAGACCAAAGAAUUUGAGAGUUUCUACGCUUUAUUCUUUCAUCUGAAUCCAAUAUUUCUUUCCUUACUUUUGGGAAGACAUUAAUUCAUGUGUCAAUCAUCAUUUUUGUAUGUUUCUUAAUCAACAAUACCCUCUGUAUUAUUUGUAUCCCAAAAGUGCGCAUCCCUUGUGUAUUUAAUUCUUUAAUCAUGUAAUUUUUAUAAAUCUUGUAUCUAAUUCUUGUACUUGCAAAACAAAUUGCAGAAUCUCAAUAUAAAUAGUAAGAACAUA